AUUCAACGCCAACAAAGUCGUGGCCUGGUGGGUUUCUUCUCCCUCCCAUCGCACAACUCCAGGUAUCGGCUGCAUCGUCUGGGCUGCCGCGGGCGCCUGGCGGCAACACGGCUGGACCUCUGGCAUCGCCAUCGCUGCUCAUCAACUAGAAAUGAUAACUAGGGGUAAAAGAAAUCGAAUUAUCCAGAGCCAAGAUGAAUAUUUGUCAGAGGAGCAUACUGAGCAAGAGAGAAUUCCUCAACAAGACAUUGGUUCUUCUGAACUCCAACCGGGUGUUGGAGAAAACUUUUCAGAUGGUGAUGAUGAUGUUGAGAUUAAUGUCCAAGAGGAGAAUGGUGAAAGAGGAAGGCGUGGGAGGAACAAACUGAAAGAUAUUUGGGGCCUUCCCAAAGGUCUCAGAAUUAUUGUAGCCUGUAAUGACCUCGAUCAGCCAAUUGGAGAUGAAGCUGGUGUUCUAGGCAAAUUUCUUGGCAUGGUCGCUAGGAAUGGUUGCUUGUGUAGCUUGAGCUACAGGGACUGGAGACUGCUAAUAGGAAAGAGAGAAAGAAAUAGCAAUGAACAAAAAAAUAAGAUGGAUAUACUAAAGCAAGUGAAGAUGAGAUUCCUUUACCCUUCUCGCAUGGAAAAGUGGAUACUACGAACUAUUGGAGAGAGAUGGAGGCAGCAUAAGUCAAAUCUGAAGUCACUCUAUUUUGAUGUGAAUAAGAGUAUGGAAGUUAAUUGCAGCAAUUGUCCAGAAGGUGUUGUUAUUAAGGAUCAGUGGAUUGCACUUGUAAACAAUUGGAUGACCCCAAAGGCAAAGGAAAUAAGUGAGACAAACAGGACAAAUUGCGCAAAGAAGAAGUCGACGCAUACAGCUGGAACAAAAAACUUUGCUCGGAACAGAGAAGAGCUGAGGCAAAGAGAUCCUGAAAAGAAGGUCCCUCACAGCGCCGUUGUGUUCAUCCAUACACACCAGCCCAAAAGUGACAAGAAUAUAAAUGGACAUGUGGCCGAACUGAAGGAACUUUUAGAAGAGCAGCCAGAUUUAGCGGACACUAGUCAGGGAAAGAUUGCUUGGAAAGGAGAUGCAUUGAAUCAGAUAUUAGGAGAAGAAAAGCAAGGCUGUGUUCAUGGUUUGGGCCUAGUUCCAAAUCCAAAUAAAGUGUUUGACCUGUCAAAUUCACGGCGCUUUAAGAACAUAAAUCUAACUUCAUUGGAUCCGACAUCAAGUGAAGAUGUUCAAUCCCUCAGACUUCAACUGGAAAAGGUCCAAAAGCAUGUCCAGAAUCAAGAUGCUACUAUCAUUCAAUUGAAACAAAAAACAAUAUCUUUGGAAGAAAGACAAGUAGAUAAGAGGUGCUUAGAUGAUUCUGUGCAUACAGCUCAAGAAACUAUCUGUGUUGAUGGGCCAAAUUCGAAUAGAAAAAGAGUGUACUGUCACCCUGAAAGUCCAGAGUCUAGCAUGAUUGAACGCCAUAACGAUACGAGGUGGCAAAGUGAUGAUGAAUAUGAGGAUUUACAGCGGCCAAACAAAUAUUCUACUGCACUCAAGAACAAAAGGGAAAUGAUACAGAAUGACAUUGCACAACAAGCAACAAAACAUUAUGUUGCACAAAAGAGCAAGGAAAAUAAUGCCCCUAAUGGUGACAAUAGGCUGCGAGCCUCCAGAGAAUUUACUGAAACACACAAUGCCAGGGCUUCACAUUUUCAAGAUGCUGUUAGCUUGGACAAAAACAAGAAUACUAAUACCUACAAGGUUGCAGACUUGGAAACACCUUCAUUUUGCUCAAAUCGUGAAGGUUCUCAUUACCAGGUAUUCUUUUUAGCAACAAUGUUUCUGCUGUGA